AUGCCUAGGCUAAACUGUAAAGGGCUUAGAGACUCCAAUGAAGAAACCAAGACGAUUUUGGACUUAGAUAGUGGUGGAGGCGGUGGUGAUGGUGGCGGGGAUGGUGGUGGAGAUGAUGGGAAGGUGGAGAAGAGUGAUGGGGUUUCUGGGUUUUUGCCAGACUGGUUGAAUUUCACUUCUGAUGAUGCGAAGACGGUUUUUGCAGCGUUGGCGAUUUCGUUUGCUUUUCGGUCCUUUGUGGCUGAGCCUNGUUUAGAGACUACAUCGAUAGGCUUUCACUAG